AUGGUAGCUCAAAAAUAUGCCCUGAAAUCGGGAUUUUUACAAAACGUCCUGCAAACAUUGAUGCCAGGCAAUGACCUGAAAUUCGUAUUGGUACCACGGGAUGUGAUUUCAGGUAGUGGACAAAUACAGCUGUGGCAAUUCCUACUGGAGUUACUCUCGGACAGUCGCUAUGCGGAAUCGAUCACGUGGGAGGGCACGAACGGGGAGUUUAAGCUGGUUGAUCCGGAUGAUGUGGCGAGGCGAUGGGGCGAGAGGAAGAGUAAACCGAAUAUGAAUUAUGAUAAGAUGAGUCGGGCGUUGAGGUACUAUUAUGAUAAGAAUAUCAUGUGCAAGGUACACGGCAAACGAUACGCGUACAAAUUCGAUUUCCAAGGUUGGUUCGCGGGAAAUAUUUUGGGUAGGGUAGUGGGGGGGGGGACUGGAGGGGGGAUUGGGUUGAUUUUAGGUUAA